AUGACGGCCACCCAGGCUACAUCCGCGAAUGAUCCUGCCCGUAGCGUGACGGUUCCCACCUGUUGUGCGCAGUUUGCAUCGCAAACUGAUCUUGCAGGAAGUACACAGCAGUCGGCAGCGCUUGCAGCGGCAACAAAUUUACCCGCGGUUUCGGCGGCGGCGGUGGCCGCAGUAGCAGCAGCCACAGCGUUUGCUGCUCGAACUAGCACCGCCACAUUCGCGCACGAUGUGCAUUCCGGAAGAAACCAAAAAGUAAGAUAUUUUGUUCAGUUCUUAGUUGUUUUCCUACUUACGGUAGUGCCUUUGUUUUGGAAUGAUUUCUGUUUAGAGCCGGUCUCUUAUUUGUGCUUAUCUGAUCAAUUUAGUUCUAGUAUAGUAAGGUGUUAG